AAAAGUUUAUAGUUACCACAAGAACGGCUGAUUUUUACGUGAAUUUUUAACUUUUUAAAACUAAAUUAUCAAGUGUAAGUUUGUGGUUUAUUUCCGCAUGUGGACGUUCGAUAAGAUGUUCCGCUACUCCAGGAGAUACAGCGACUCCAACUCCCGCUCUAGCUCGGCUAGGUCCAGCAAGUCCAGCAAGUGUAGCACGUGCAGCGAGACGGGACUGGUCGACAACCUGCAGCUGGCCCGUGACCUGAGCGUGUCAAAGCUGAGUGAGGUGAGCCUGAAGGCUGAACUACGUCACCAAGGUGAAGGUGAGCAUCAGACAGACAACCAGGACAGGGAUGCUGAUUCUACACCUGACCAGGUAGAUUCCUUUAUUCCCGAUGCCACACCUGACCAGUCUGAGCUAAUCCCAGACACGGUGCAGACGUUUGUCCAGCCGGCCUUAUCUAAGAUGACGCUGAGCUACAGGAGAGGUAGAAAUGCAUUUGGGAUGCUUUUUUCAUGUGUUUUCCUUUUUGCUUUGACUUCAUUGGCGUUUGGAGCACCAGUAAAUACAGAGUAUGAUAGGACCAGAUUUUCUUUUACCUUACCAGAAGGUUUGAUUCCCAACCAAUCCUUUAUUGAAAAGACAAUGUUAAAACAUCAGACAUUCGCCGAAGAGAUUUUGCUGAAACAGCAGGCCUUCAUCAAACAGGAGCUUUUAUCAUUUCGGGCAUUGAUCCAAGAGGCAAUCACACCGCUAAUCGCAAUCUUGCAGGCAGCAACAGUGGUAGUAGCCGGACUAGCUGCGCUCAAUGUUUACCUGAAUUACAGACGAUAUCAGCUUGAGCAGAUUCGAACAGCAACAAUGCAUCAGUUUUUCCAACAAAUAAUCAUAGCGAAUCAGCAGCCUAGGUACAGAAGAAAUCGGCAGAUGGGUUUCGAGGUGUAAUGUUCGCUACACUGUAUUUGAUUGGUACUAUGAAAGGAUCAGUUGGUCUAACCAGCCAUCCACAGGGGUCAAAGGUGAAUCAAGAUGGCGGAAUUUCCAUUUGUGAGCGUCUGACGUGUGCUGUACACAUUGCUAAGUCCACCAAUGGUGGGGGCGUGUUCUACAUUGUUGUGGUUGGUCAUACAAGGGGAGGAAAUAAAUAUUUGAAC